CUCAAAAACAACCCUAUUUAGGGUAUUUCUGUGACACAGAACUUUAUUUAAAUAUUUAUACUCCCCUAGGUGUAGGCAUUUCUGCUCCCCAUUGGAGACAGUCAUUCAGCCUCAAUGGCCUUUCAGGAUCUCUUGAAUCAAGCUGGAAGUAUGGGGAGAUACCAGAUCCUUCAGAUGGCUUUCCUUCUGAUUUGCAAUGUCAUGGUGGCUCCUCAUGCUGUUUUGGAGAACUUUACUGCAGCCAUCCCUGGUCAUCGCUGCUAGGUCCACAUCCUUGACAAUGACACUGUCUCUGACAGUGACAGUGGAACCCUGAGCCAAGAUGACCUCCUGAGGAUCUCCAUCCCACUGGAUUCCAACCUGAGGCCAGACAAGUGCCGUCGCUUUGUCCAACCACAGUGGCAUCUGCUUCAUCUGAAUGGCACCUUCUCCAAUGUGACAGAGCCAGACACAGAGCCCUGUGUGGAUGGUUGGGUAUACGACCAAAGCACUUUCCUCUCCACCACAGUGACUGAGGUAAGUGCCAUCAAUAAAAUCACUCCCUCAGUGAAUUCCUUACUGCAGUUCGGCAAUAGCUCAAAUAUUAUUGGAAUUUUGGUAGGAGCUUUCCUUGGUGGCCAUUUAUCAGACAGGCUUGGGAGGAGGUUAAUCCUCACAUGUGCUUUACUUCCAAUGGCCAUCACUGGGACCUGUGCAGCUUUGGCUCCCACCUUCUUCAUCUACUGCUUACUUCACUUCCUGAAAGGGGCUUGUGUCCCAAUCAUAUACAUGAAUUGUGUUUUUCUCAUGAUAGAAUGGACAAGCCCUAAAUUCAAAGCCUUGGUGACAACCUUGAUAUUAUGUGCUUCCAGUUUUGGAAGAAUAGUAAUGACAGGACUGGCAUUUGCAUUUCGAAACUGGCACCACCUCCAGCUGGUAAUGUGUGUGCCAAUAUUUUUCUUCCUUAUACCCACAAGGUAUGAGCUUUCUUUCCUCCUCUAUGGUUUGCACUCCAAUUCUGGAGGUGCACUGACCAUGGAGGUUGUGAGAACCACCAUGAGGGAAGAGCUGGAGGCAACACAAACAAAACCUUCUCUGCGUGACUUAUUCCACACCCCCAACUUGCGAAAGCGUGUGCUUAUCCUGUGCCUUUUGAGAUUUACAACAGCAAUCCCUGUAUUUGGCUUCAACAUCCAUCUCCAACACCUGAAAAGUAAUGUCUUCCUAAUGCAAUGUCUCUCUGCUGCAAUGUCCAUCCCAGCCUGUGUUGCUGGAAUGUUUCUACUGAACCACAUUGGCCGUAGAAUAAGUCAACUAUUCCUCUGUUUCCUGUUUGGAAUCACCAUCCUGGCUACAGUGUUUGUUCCUGAAGAGUGGUCUAGGCAGCAGGACUGCCAGGUUGAAGCUGGUGGUGUUAUGUGGAUGUGGGCAAGGAGCACAGUUCCCAGGCAGUCCUCAGGUUUUGCUGAAGCUCGGGACUGUGAAAUGCGGACUCUGCAUGCAGUUUUGAUAACACUGAUGGGAGCAAAUUCUGCUGUGAUUGCUAGCAGUAAUAGUCUACUCUCAAAUGAGCUACUCCCCACCGUGAUCAGGGCAAGGGCAGUAGGACUCAUUGCUAUUGCUGGAAAUGUAGGUUCAGCUAUGUCUCCAGUUUUAAUGACCCUCAUGAUGUACUCUGACUCUUUACCCUGGAUCAUCUAUGGAGCCAUUUCUAUCCUUGCUGGCUUUGUUCCUCUUCUCCUUCCUGAGACCAAGAACCAACCUCUGCCUGACUCCAUUCAAGAUGUAGAAAAUGAGUUCGUUUACACGUUGAUGGUAUUUGUUGUGUGUGUUCUAGUUGGAAAGGUUCAAGGCAUACAAAUGAGGAAGGUGCCAUCAUCAAAGUGACACCAUUUUAAGGAACUCUGAGAACUGGCCUCUGGUCAAAUAGGAGGAUAAAGAAAAAAGACACUCAGAAU